GGCUACCCCAUCCACGAAUAAUUCGCAUAUAUUUGGGCGCUGUCGAAGCCUUCAUUGCGGUACAACUUCACGUCUCAUCAACAUGACGCUCGAUAUCAUUGUAGUGGGCGCCGGCAUUGCUGGACUGGCCGCCGCCAGAGCGCUCAGGGAGCAGCACAAUGUCACGAUCUUGGAGCAGACGAGGAUGAAGUCAGAGACGGGCGCGGCCAUCCAUCUGGGCCCCAAUGCAGCUCGUCUUGUCUUGGGAUGGGGAUGCCAGCUCGACGAGAGCCCGCACUUGAACAUGCUCCGAGAGGCCGAUCAUCUCGGCGUGAUCCACAGCAAGCGGCCAAUCGACGCGCAGGCAGACUUUGGCGCUCCCUGGCUCCUGAAUCACCGCGUCACGCUUCACAAGGAACUCCUCCGGCUAGCCACGACUGAAUGCGAGGGCCUUCCAGGCCGGCCAGCCAAGCUCAUGACGGGCGCACGCGUGGCCCAGGUGGACACCGAAAAGGCCACCGUACAGCUCGAGUCUGGCGAGGUGCUGCAUGCCGACGUAGUCAUUGGCGCCGACGGCAUCAAGUCCGAGGUGCGAAAGGCCAUCGUGGGCGACUGCUUCCUUGCCAAGCCCAGCGGCCACUCGGCCUACCGCUGCCUCAUUCCCGCAGAGAAGAUUGCGGCCGACGACGAGCUCGCGUAUCUCCUCUCGCCCACUGGUCUUUCCAUCUUCUUGGGCAAGGACAGGAAGCUGGUCGUGUACACUUGCACUUUUGAGGGCAGGCGCUAUCUCAACGUCGUGGCUGCCAUCCCUGACAAAGACCUGGGCGAGGAGUCACAGGAGAGCUGGUACGCGCCUGGGAAAGUCGAGGACCUCGUGGCCGCCUAUGCCAACUUUGCACCCCAUCUGCAGCGCAUGCUCUCCUACACGCAGGAGUGCGGCCUCUGGCAGCUCCGGGACCAGGACCCGCUGCCAGCAUGGACCAAGGGCAAGGCGAUUAUCAUUGGGGAUGCCGCGCACCCCAUGCUGCCCCACCUGGGCCAGGGCGGGUCGCAAGCCAUUGAGGAUGCCGACGCGCUUGGCUUCUGCUUUGACGGGCACGGUCCCAGCGACGACAUCGAGGCGGCACUCGCACGCACCUUCAAGCUGCGGUACGAGCGCGCCACCGUGUGCCAGGAAAAGAGCCGGGAGCAGGCGCUGGGCAAGCGUCAGGAAGGCGGCGUCUCGGUGCCCGUGCUCGAUCCCAUGCAAUUCUCGCAGUACAUCUUUACCUACCAGGGCGCCUCCUGGUGGGCGAAAAAGGUAGAGGGUGAGGCGGCAGCCGAGGCGGACGCGGCUGAGCCUGGGCCUCCUGCUGCUCUUGGCCGAGCCGUGAAUGCACACCCUCUAUCCGCUGCUACUACUGCCACUAUUCUUUGA